UCAGAGCAAGUUGGCUCGCGCUGCACUAGUGCGAAACGUGCCUUUGGUGUCAAAUAGUAAACAAUCAAAGACGAUAAGGGGAUAUCGCAUAUAUAUGUUGAUGUGCAUUAACAGACGGGUCGAUGUAGUACUUCGCUAGUAGGUUUCUGUUUAUCAGCUGGAAUGCUGACAUAUAUGCAGUACUACACACUUUGAAUAAUUUGUGCUGAAGGAUUGGCUGACAGAAAGACUGUUCUAAGUUGUUGCAUUGGGUUGAAACAGGCAUGUCUGUUUUUUUGUGUUAAUUGUAAAACACCUUUUUUUACUAUGGCUGCUAUCCGCAAAAUUGGAUGUAAUUUUUAGCCACAGGUCCUACAGUUAACGCUUCCAGAGGACGGCUCAAAGAAAUGGACGGCAUCCAGACCAGUAUGCAGAAGAAGGCUGCAGAGCUGGAACGCAUGGCCGAGGUGCUGGUUACAGGGGAGCAGUUGAGGCUCCGGCUCCAUGAAUGUAAGGUGAUCAAGGACCGCCGGCACCACCUCAGGACCUACCCUAACUGCUUCGUGGCCAAGGAGCUCAUCGACUGGCUGAUGGAGCACAAGGAGGCCUCCGACCGGGACACGGCCAUCAAGAUCAUGCAGAAGCUGCUGGAUCAGAGCAUCAUCCACCAUGUUCUUGAUGAACACAAGGAGUUCAAAGACAUGAAGCUCUUCUACCGUUUCCGGAAGGAUGACGGCACGUUCCCCCUGGACAAUGAGGCCAAGGUCUUCAUGAGGGGCCAGAGGAUAUACGAGAAGCUGAUGAGUAUGGAGAACGGCCUCCUGCAGACGCGAGAGGAGGAGGGCGUGACGUUCGAGCGGAGCCUGGUGGCGUCCGAGUUUGUGGAUUGGCUACUGCAGGAGGGCGAGACGGCGACCAGGGAAGAGGCAGAGCAACUGGGGCGGAGGCUCCUGGAGCAUGGCAUCAUCCAGCACGUCACCAACAAGCACCACUUUGUGGACAGAGGGCUGCUCUACCAGUUCCGCUUGAACUUCCGGCGGCGGCGGCGACUGAUGGAGCUCCUGAACGAGCGCUGCAAGACCAUCCCUGAGAGCCACGACAGCCCCUUCUGCCUGCGCAAGCAAAACAACGAGGGGGGCAACACCAGCUUCCUGUCAGUGAGUCCCACUAAGGAGAUCCGGGUGGUGUCGGCGGUGCGGCGCAGCAGCAUGAGCAGCAGCUGUGGCAGCAGCGGUUACUACAGCAGCAGCCCCACCCUCAGCAGCAGCCCGCCUGUGCUCUGCAACCCCAAGUCUGUACUGAAACGACAAGUGAACCCAGAGGAGCUGCAAACCCCUGGAGGGCCAUACAUAAAGAAGACAUUCACAAUAGUGGGGGAUGCUGUGGGCUGGGGCUUCGUGGUGCGGGGCAGUAAGCCCUGCCACAUCCAGGCUGUGGACCCCGGUGGGCCGGCCGCCGCUGCCGGCAUGAAGGUCCGUCACUUUGUGGUGUCUGUGAAUGGCCUGAACGUCCUCUCUCUGGACUACCGAACCGUCAGCAACCUCAUCCUGACCGGGCCGAGGACCAUCGUCAUGGAGGUGAUGGAGGACCUGAACUUCUGAUUGGCUGACCACCCUUACGCCUCUCAGCAGAGCCCUUAGCCAGAGCAGCAACC